GGAAAGCCGGAAGUGACGGAGAAAGCAGCUGGGAGAGGGGCUACUGAAGAAUGAGGGGGAACGUGGAAGUGACAGAAUGACACUAUGGAUGGUGGGGGUAACCCCCUUCUCCCCGAUAGCAUCGUCUUUGACAUUUUCCUGUACUUGGAUUACAAAGAUGUGCUCUCAGCAGGACAGGCUUGCCGCCAGUGGCAUGCCGUGGCUCAGGAUGAAGUCCUAUGGAAGGAACUUUUCUACAGAUACUACGGGGUAGCUCGAGAUGUCCCACGACACCCAGCUGCCGUUUCUUGGUACGGCGAGUUCCAGAGACUGUAUGACACCAUCCCCUGCGUUGAAGUGCAGACUCUGAAGGAGCACAGUGAUCAAGUCCUCCAUCUCAGCUUCUCCCACAAUGGCUACAUGUUUGCCUCGUGCUCCAAGGACUGUACCAUCAAGAUCUGGAACAACGACCUCAAGUUCUCCCUUUUGCAUAGCUCCAACAUGAAGAAGUUCAACUGGAGCUACACUCAGUUCUCGCAGUUCAACGCCGACGAUUCGCUCCUCUUGGUGUCUGGGGUCUUCAUGGGGCCCCGCACUUCCUCCUCAGGCGAGAUUGCAGUUAUCAGCUUGGAAAAUUUCACACUCUUGUCCCGGGUGCGCAACAAGCCCUAUGAUGUCUUUGGCUGCUGGCUGAACGAAACCAACCUGAUCUCUGGCAAUUUGCACCGCAUCGGCUACCUCACCUCUUGCUCUGUGUUGUGGUUGAACAAUGCCUUCCAGGGUGUAGAAUCGGAAAACAUGAACGUGGUAAAACGGCUUUUCAAACUCCAGAACCUGAACGCCAGCACCAUCCGGACGGUGAUGGUGGUGGACUGCAGCCGCUACGACUCCCCAGAUCUGUCAAACCAAGGAGAGCAGUUGGCAUCCAACCCGGCCGCAGCCACCAGCCAGGCCGCUGAUCUCUGCAGUGACAGCGAGGAGGAGGAGGAGCCCAGACACCGAGCAGCACCAGAGCCGUCUGCUGAGGACUCCCCGGGAGCCAAGAGCAAAGCAGAAGCUGGAGAUGGGCUGGACCGCUUCCUAACAGACAUCAUUGAAGGGCGCGUCCGGCCGGUCAUGACGGAACUGGAGAUGGAGACAAAGGUGGCCCAGCUGCUGGCGAAAAAGCGGACGAAGCCUCCCGAGCCAAACCUGCUCUCCAUGGAGGGCUGCAGCAAGAAGAAAUACUUGAUCUUCACCACUGGAUGCCUCACCUAUUCGCCACACCAGAUUGGGAUUAAGCAGAUCCUGCCUCACCAAAUGACAACAGCAGGCCCGGUCCUUGGAGAAGAAAGAGAUUCUGAUAAAUUCUUUGACUCGCUAGACCACGUCAUCGAUAUCCAUGGACACAUUAUUGGCAUGGGCCUCUCCCCUGACCACAGGUACUUGUACGUGAACAGCCGAGCUUGGCCUCAGGACUGCGUCAUUUCCGACCCUUUGCAGCCACCGCCCAUCGCCGAGGAAAUCGACCUGCAUGUCCUGGAUCUCAAAACGAUGAAGGAAGUGAAGCGAGCGCUGCGGGCUCACCGGGCCUACACACCCAGCGAUGACUUCUUCUUUAUUUUCCUGGAUGUCAGCAGAGAUUUUGUAGCCAGCGGUGCUGAAGAUCGCCACGGCUACAUCUGGGACCGGCACUACAACAUCUGCUUGGCCAAACUGCAGCACGACGACGUGGUCAACUCAGUGGCCUUCAGCCCCGUAGAACAAGAACUCCUCCUGACCGCUAGCGAUGACUGCACCAUUAAGGUGUGGCGCUCCCCCCGCACAGUGCGGAUCCUCCACGCCGAGAAACCCAGGCUCCGCAAGCCGCUCUUCUCCUGGGCCACAAACCAGAGGAGCUGAGCCAGCCCUGUCUGCCAGGGAUCCUUCUUGACUGG